GGAAUACUGCCCGCAGGCUACUCAGUCAAAACCGAGGUCAAGCAGCUCAACACCAGGCAACGCGGCGACUUACGGGCAUAGAGUUCACCAUAAUGCCUGGCACCACCGUGGGGAAUAAGCUGGAUCUCUCCAAGCUCACAGAUGAGGAGGCCAAGCAUGUGUGGGAAGUCAUCCAGCGAGAUUUUGACCUGAGGAAGAAAGAGGAGGACAGACUUGGGGACCUGAAGACUAAGAUUGAGAGAGAAGACACUAAGAGAGAGUUGUUAGGCAACAAGAGCAGCCUGGCUGAGUCUCAUUGUAUUCGCUGUCUCCAGCCCUUCCUGUUCCUGGUUAAUAGUAAGCGCCAGUGUCUGGACUGCCAGAUGUACACCUGCAAGUCCUGCAGCCGCUACAACAAGAAGGAGCAGGGCUGGGUGUGUGACCCCUGUCGCAUGGCCAGGGUUUUCAAGAUUGGCACUUUGGAGUGGUACCAUGAAAACGUGCGUGCCCGCUUCAAACGUUUUGGUAGCGCCAAGGUGAUGAGAUCGCUGUUCAAGAGGCUGAAUGGAGAACACAGCUCCUCUCAGAACAACCUCACAGAACCCCUUGAAUUCGACACACGCAGCAUGCCUGAGGUCCCAACAGAUGAUUAUGAAGAGCACAACAUGGAUUCAACAGAUGCACAACACGACAAAGGGAUGAAAAAGACCAAAAGGCGGCUUACAGUCGAUCCCUUCGAUUUAGAUCUGGACCGUGACUACGCCAUCGACUCCAGACGACAGUCCUAUCAGGUCCCAAACUCCCAUGUCAUCACGGAAGGAAGCAUGAGAGAGUCCAUGACUGCUGAGGCAGACAUGGCCUCCGUUUAUCAUCAGAUCUUGGAGGACUGCCAGAGAGAUGACGAGCCAGAGUUUAAUACUGAAGUUGGACUCAACCGGAGGAUGAGCCAGGGCAUGGCCUCGCGACACGAAGACAGUGGGUUCUCAGACCACCGGCCCACGCUGCGCCGCUCCCUGUCUCGGCACAGCCACUCGUCGUGUGGCAGUAGUAGUGCAGGGGGGGCCCGCCGCCGCAGCAGCUACCUGCCCGGCCCUGAUGACUCGGGGGAGGACGAAGAUGAGUGUCUGCACUAUCCUCUGUAUCAGUCUCAUCGUCAACGCGCCUACAGCCACACCUCCCAGGAGAGCCUGAACUCAGUGGCCUCAACACCACAGAUCACAGAACUGAACAGACGCAUGUCAGCCAUUGAGACCAUCUUAAACCGCCUGGAGCAGAAGGUCAUCUCACCUUUGGACCAGGCUCCUCAGACUCCAGCCAGCACCUCUCCUUUCCCCCAGUGGGAGGACGUGGACCUAGAGGAGCAGCAACUAAGACAGAAGCUGGAUGAGAUGACAGGCAACAUCAGUGACCAUGGCCUGACCUCUGAUGAGGAUGAAUCCAAGGCUCCCUCCUCACCCCAAAAGAUCCUGCCAUGGAGAAACCCAGAGAGGGAGGCCAACACAACCAAACUUCCUUCCAGACCCACAUCCAGAACAGACAUGUUGGUGUCCACACCCAUUGAGAAGCAGGGUGGGGAAACUGAAUCUCAGAAGGCAAGCUGUUCACCAGAAAGCCUGGAGAGGAAGUGGCACCCCCUUGAGGAGGGAUCCAAGGCAAGCUUCAAGGGCUCAACAGCAUUACUCUUUGAGCUGGAAGACAAAGUCGCUCAAGCAGCUGCCAAUGUCCAGAACGCCCAGAGUGAGGUCUCUUACAUAGAAGACAGGAUUGCUGCUCUGAGUGCUGCAGGCAUGACAGUGGAUAAAAGCAGAAGGUCUGCAAUCCCGGUCCGAUCAAGAAGACUCUCCCACGACUUUCCCACAAGCCAGGUGGACAGGUUUGUGAGGAACUCCCUCUACAGGGGCUCCCUGACACAGAGGAACCCAGUGGUCAAACCCAAGACCAGGGCGACCUGUGCGAAACCAGUAAUGGCACAGGCUCCAUGAGGAGGAAGCUGAGCAUUCUGUGAAGGAGCAUCUUAUCUUUUACUUGCGUCAAGACUUUGCUGAUUUCUCGUCAUUUAUAUUGUUCAGUGACACCCGUGGGAGCAGAAGCGCCUGUAUACUGUGCAUGUAAGGACAACUCUCCUGAUCCUAG